AUGGCCACGCGACUCAACACUGUCGCCCGAGGAUCUGAAGGUUACGAUCAGCUUCGCCGCAGGUUCUUCAACGAGCGUGUUCCCGACAUCCAUCCUGCCGAGAUAGCUAGCCCGACGACUACUGCUGAGGUAGUAAUUGCAAUCAAAAGGGCACGCGAACACGGCUGGAAAGUCGGCGUCCGCUCUGGCGGGCAUUUGUUCUUCUGCAGUGCGCUUCUUGAAGGCGGUCUUCUCAUCGACACGCGCAACUUGAAUCGGGAUAUUGAAUACGACGCUGCAACCAAGAUCGCCACCGUCAGCCCGGGCCACAAAGUCGAGGCUGUGACCAAGUACCUCAGAUCUCUUGGCAGGUUCUUCUCCGCGGGUCAUUCCCGAACCGUCGCCGUUGGAGGUUUCUUACUUGCCGGCGGGCAGGGCUGCUUCCUGCGUGGUUGGGGCUAUACUGCUGACAGCUGGAUAACGCAGCUUGAGAUAGUCACCUCUAAGGGAGAAGUGGUCAUUGCAAACAAGAAACAGAAUGCUGACCUGUUCUGGGCAGCCCCCGGCAGUGGGCAGGGGUUUUUUGGAGUCGUAACCAGGAUCUGGGUCAGGACGAUUCCUGAUCGGAAGCUCUUCGACAUGACUAUCAUUGUUGACUCGACUGACAUAUUUAAGCCAUUUCUCCGAUGGGUGCUCGAGACCUCGAGUAAAGUGCCUAAAUAUGGCGUGGAUCUGUUUUACUGCACUUUCUACGCGGACAAGGACGAUCCGAACGGCGGUCAUGAAUCCGCCAGCAAGCGAGUCCUUUUUUCCAUUAACGAGUCCAUAUUUGCCGAUUCCUUCGACGAGGCAAAGGUUCUAGCAAGCCCUUGGGACGUCAUUCCGGAUGAGUUCAAGAGCUACGUCGUCGGCACCAUCCCGUUAGUCGAAAGAACUUGGGAGGAGCUCUGGGCCAUCCAGGAAAGCUUCCAGCCGCAAGGGAAUGGUGAGAGAUGGAAUGUCGACAGUAUUCUGGUAGAUCCCACAGUUUCCGACGAUGCACUCAUCGAGGCCAUCACCCCGGCUCUAUACGACCUACCCUCUCGGCUCUCCUCCGGUACAUUCUGCCCAAUGGAUUACUACCCCAAUGAAGCAGAAACAGCCCUUAGCUUGCCCCAGAAGACUUAUGUCUCGACUAUGUGCUGCUGGAAGGAUGCAAAGUUUGACUCGGCCGUGGAUAAAUGGCUCCUCGACGCGUACACAAAGGCCGAUACAGUCUCCUGUGGUCAUGUCGGAUUCUGCGCUGAGUAA